GUUUAACGCUAGUUGAAUGAGGUAGCACUAAGCCACUAACACUAGCAGUGUAGUGGUGUGAAACUGCAAGUGCAAGUGCAAGGCGAUGGGGAGAGGAAAAGGAGGGAAGAGUCGCACUCAAAGAAAGCAUUUCCAGGAGAACAGGGAGAACGUGUGGAAGUCGAAACGUCCUAAAUCAGAUUCAUAUUCAGAUCCUAUUCCUAUCAGCAACCCCUAUGAAACUCAAAACCCCGCUUUCGAUCACUAUUACAAGGAUCAGAGAAUCGUGUCCUCAGAAGAAUGGGAUGCUUUCGUACAAGUUCUCAGAACUCCUUUGCCGGCAGCAUUCAGAAUCAAUUCCACUAGCCGGUUUUGUGUGGAUAUUCGGUCCCAACUGGAGAAUGAUUUUAUGCAUUCUCUUCAGGCCGAGGUUGCGGAAGGGGAUAAUACGGAGGCUAUUGUACCUUUGCCAUGGUAUCCUGAGAAUCUUGCUUGGCAUUCGAAUUUUUCCCGUAAGCAGCUCAGGAAGAAUCAAACACUUGGGAGGUUUCAUGAAUUCUUAAAGCUAGAAAAUGAAAUUGGAAAUAUUACAAGGCAGGAAGCUGUCAGCAUGGCACCUCCCCUGUUCUUGGAUGUACAUUCAAACCAUUUUGUACUUGAUAUGUGUGCAGCACCAGGUUCAAAAACAUUCCAAUUGCUUGAGAUUUUACACCAAACAACUAAAGUUGGAUCUCUGCCUGACGGAAUGGUUAUAGCAAAUGAUCUAGAUAUCCAAAGAUGCAAUCUUCUCAUUCACCAAACUAAACGGAUGUGCACAGCCAACCUAAUUGUCACCAAUCAUGAAGCUCAACACUUCCCAGGAUGUCUUUUAAAUAGAAAUUGUGAUAAAAUGGAGCCAAAUCGGCAAGACCAGCUAUUAUUUGAUCGUGUUCUGUGUGAUGUCCCAUGUAGUGGUGAUGGCACCCUUCGUAAGGCACCUGAUCUUUGGAGGAAAUGGAACACAGGUACAGGGAAUGGGCUUCAUAACCUACAAGUUCUAAUUGCUAUGCGAGGUGUAUCUUUACUUAAAGUUGGUGGAAGAAUGAUUUAUUCAACGUGCUCAAUGAAUCCUAUUGAGAAUGAAGCUGUUGUUGCAGAGGUUUUGCGGAGAUGUGCAGGGUCCAUUGAACUUGUAGAUGUCUCUAGUCAGCUUCCCCAACUUAUUCGUCGCCCAGGUCUCAAGAGAUGGAAGGUAUGUGACAAGGGUAAGUGGUUAGUCUCUUGCAAAGAUGUUCCUAAGUCUCAUAGAGGUGUAGUUCUUCCCAGCAUGUUUCCAAAUGGCGGAAGCUAUCAGGAUGUUGUUGAUAGCCUUGGAGAUGAUAUUAUUACUGAUGAUGUUAAUAGAAAUUCUGAAGAUGAUGUUCAAGCCGCGGAGAAUCCUGUGAUGCAUGAAUUUAUUGAGGAAGAUUCUGAUUUCCCACUAGAGCGGUGCAUGAGGUUAGUGCCUCAUGAUCAGAAUACUGGAGCCUUCUUUAUUGCUGUAUUACAGAAAAUUUCUCCUUUGCCAGCAAUUCAGAUAAAACCUAGAAAAGAAGUUGGUAAACCUGUUGACACAGCAAACCCGGGCAAUGAGGAUGUACAAGAAUUGCAGAUUAAUCCAUUGGAAAGUAUACCUGAAGAAAUAUCGGAGGCUAAUAUAAAUGACAAUGAACCUAAUGCAGCAGAUUUGAAAGUUAGUUCUGUUGCAUGGGAAGAAGUGGAUUUCAAGGAAGCCCAAGAUCCCUGCAAAGUAGAAAACAUAACAAAGAAUACUCCAGGCAAAAGAAAACUACAGUUUCAGGGCAAAUGGAGAGGCAUUGACCCUGUGUUCUUCUUCAAAGAUGAAGUAAUCAUUAACAGCAUAAAGGCAUUUUAUGGUAUUGAUGAGCAGUUUCCAGUCAGUGGUCACCUUGUAACAAGAAACAAUGAUACAAGCCACGUGAAAAGAAUUUACUAUAUCUCCAAGGCAGUCAAGGAUGUUCUGGAGAUGAACUUCUCAGUGGGGCAGCAACUUAAAAUAACUUCUGUUGGCCUGAAGAUUUUUGAAAGACAAUCGUCAUGUGAAGGCAGGUCUGCACCAUGUGCUUUCCGGAUCACUUCUGAAGGAUUGCCCCUUAUUCUCCCUCACAUCUCCAAACAGAUACUAAGUGCAUCGGUUAUAGACUUCAAGCAUCUUCUGCAGUAUAGAGCUGUAAAAUUUGCAGAUUUUGUGGAUGCUGAGUUUGGUGAAAGGGCUACAAACCUAAUGCCUGGUUGUUGUGUGGUAGUUUUGGGUGAAGGGAACAGAGCUGCUACAGGCCCCCCCCAAGUGGAUGAGUCAACAAUAGCCAUUGGAUGCUGGAAGGGUAGAGGAAGUUUGACUGUGAUGGUUGGUGCAUUGGAAUGCCAAGAACUGCUCGAAAGGCUUUUAAUGCGACUAGACACUGUAACAGAAAAGGACUCCUCCAUGCAUGAGGACAAACCAUCUGAUGACAAGGGAGAUGAAGCAAACGGUAAAAAUGAAGAUGAGGUGGAAGUUACUGGGUGUUAAAAGUGCAUAAUUUAUCACUGAUUAUUUAUUACUAUGAGUAGUGAAUCUAGGUUUUUUACUUUUUUAUUCACAUCUCCUAUCCUUCUUACUUUUUAGUCAUGGCUCCCACCUCCUAACUCCCAUCCUACUUAUAAGAACAUUUAUAGAAUUUGAGGCUUUCGCAUCACCCGUGAAAAUUGCAAGUUUUUCUUGUGUA